AUGACAGAGUUCGCCUACAAACAUGUCCUGCUUAUCGGAGCUACCUCUGGUAUUGGCCAAGCUAUGGCCGUCAGAAUGCUCCAGCAUGGUAUUCAAGUGACUGCUGUGGGCCGACGCAAAGACCGGCUAGACGCACUGGUGCAAGAAUAUGGCACCGACAAAGCCCAUGGCGUGGUCUUCGACAUCAGCAAACUUGAAGCUAUCCCAAACUUUGUGGCGGAGGUGACUAGUCAAUAUCCCGAUAUCGACUGUGUGUUCAUCAAUGCCGGUCUCCAACGGACUACCGAUUUCACAUCCCCGCAGACCGUUGAUUUAGACGUCUUAAAUCAAAUCAUGCAUGUCAACUACACUGCCGCCGUGACUCUGGCAACCGCCUUUCUCCCUUACCUAUCGGGCAAGACGACUGCGACCAGCUUGGUCUUCACCCUAUCCAACCUUGCCAUCGUGCCCGUAGGCCCCUUGAUUGGAUAUUGCGCAUCCAAGGCUGCUUUAAAUACAUUCGCCAUGUGUCUCCGGGCUCAACUAAAAGAGGCCAAGUCCAAUGUCAACGUGAUCGAAGUCUUCCCCCCAGCUGUUCAAACGGAACUGCAUGAUUAUAUGGGAGCGGAUAAGGGUCGUCAAAUGGGAAUGCCCUUGGAGGAAUUCACGGACAAAGCCUGGGAGGGAUUGGUCGAGGGUGAUGAUGAGGUUCACGUUGGGUUCAUGCCACCAGAGGAACGCUUUUUCAGUAUCGCUAGACAACGUCGUGCUGCUUGUGAAGAAUUUUCUCAUCAAAUGCUGGGAAUGAUGCAAUAA